CAGAAGAAACGCAACUGCCGACUGACCACGUUGGAUUGCGUUCGUAACAUCAGUCGACAUUCGGAACCCAAACUGAUUGGACGUGGUGACAGUUGCGAAAAAAGUGAAUUAUAAGUUACUUUGGUAUUUAAUGCAGUUUUAAAUUUCGAAAAAAAAAACAAUAAUGGCCGUGUCAGAAGAAACGGAUCGUUUACAAACGAAGCAAGGAGGCGACAUAACAUAUUUACAUAUGGUAGAUGAAAGUGAUGCGCUCGGGGAAUCUCAGAUACGAAAACUGUUUGAUGGUGCUACAAUAUUCCUCACCGGUGGUACGGGUUUCCUCGGCAAAUUGUUGGUAGAAAAAUUGCUUAGAUCAUGCUCGGAUAUCAAGAGGUUAUAUUUGUUGGCGAGGCCGAAGAAAAACAAAGAGAUCGUAAGACGACUACAGGAACAGUUCGACGAUGUGCUAUAUGACAAACUAAGGAAGGAGCAACCAAACUUCAUCGAGAAAAUUAGCAUUAUAGAAGGGGAUGUCAGUCAAUUGAAUCUCGGUAUUAGUAACGAAGAUAGACAGAAAUUAAUCAGUGAGGUUGAAUUCAUUUUCCAUGGCGCGGCGACGGUACGAUUCGAUGAAGCGCUGAAGACUGCUGUAGAGAUCAACGUCAGAGGCACAAGGGAAAUAUUAACAUUGGCUCGUGGCUGUUCCAAGCUAAGAGCUAUGGUACAUAUAUCCACAGCGUACAGUAAUUGUCCAUUGAAGGAAAUAGAAGAAAAGUUCUAUGAAAGUCCGUUAAGUGGCGAGAAAUUGAUCGACCUGGUUGAGAGUAUGGAUGAAAAGACCAUCAAUAAUAUAACGCCUGGUUUACUCGGUGACUUCCCAAACACAUACGCGUACACGAAGGCAGCCGCAGAAGAUAUUGUACAGACAUAUUCAAAAGGAUUGCCAAUUGCUUUAUUCAGACCUGCUAUCGUGGUUGGAACAGCCAAAGAGCCUAUCGCAGGAUGGAUAGACAAUGUUUAUGGACCUACAGGGGUGGUUGUUGGUGCAGCAGUUGGACUUCUUCACGCGCUUAACUGCAAUCCAAAGGCUGUAGCCGACCUCGUCCCUGGUGACAUGGUAGUGAACGCGUGUAUAGCAACAGCGUGGAAGACAGCACGAGACUACCCGGGUAACCAUGAAGACGCGCCGCCAGUAGACCAGCCACCACCAGUCUACAACUACGUGUCUUCUGUUGAAAAACCGUUAACUUGGCGAAACUUCAUGAGGUACAACGAGACAUACGGUCUGGAAGUGCCCACUAUUCAAGCUGUGUGGUACUAUGUCUUCUUUAUUACUCCUUCUAAGUUCUUGUACAGCUUUAUCUGCUUCUUCCUGCACUGGAUACCUGCAUAUAUCAUUGACGCGAUCGCUGUGGUUAUUGGCAAAAAACCUAUGUUAAGAAAAGCUUACAAGAAAAUUGACAAAUUCUCCGCCGUCAUUGGAUAUUUCGCAUUAAGAGAAUGGAAAUUCCAUAAUGAUAACAUUCAAUCACUUUUCAAAGACUUAUGCGAAGCUGAUAAACAAAUAUUCAACUUUAAUUUAAAGGAUUUAAACUGGAAAGAAUACUUCUGUAGUUAUAUCAAGGGUAUUCGUGUGUAUUUAUUAAAGGACCCAAUGGAUACAAUUCCAGCAGGACUAAGAAAACAUUAUAAACUCAAAAUUAUGCAUUAUCUGUUCACAUCAAUUUUAUUUGCUGGACUUUUGAGGUUACUUUGGGGAGGGCUACGGUAUAGUGUAGGCGUAUAACAUAAGCUUUAUAUUGUGUAGAUAGAUAUUUAAUUUUUUAAUACGAAAUAUAUAAACAUUUUCAAUUCGUAAAUCGGCGUGACGGCUAAAACUGUUUGUGAUUUAGGUUAUAAUCAAAUAUAAAUGUGAAUGGGAUUUCCAUUGUAUAAAUACUUGUAUAAAACAUGUAACCAUAAAUAGAUUACUUUUAGAAAAAAUCAGAGCAGACAAUCAAUUAAAACUUUGUACACGUUUUUAGGCGCGACUAAAACUAAAGUACUGUGAAUAAAAAAAUCUUUAUUUAUGAGUUAUGUUCGAAUUUCGAAGAAUGGGCGACUAGUAUAUUUUAAUACAAGUGCUACGACAGUGCAAACUAACGGUUAGAAGAUUUAAUAUCGUUAAACACUAAGUAAUAUGCCUAAAAGUGAUAAAAGUAACAAAAAUAUUUUUAUAUCAAUUACUUUGAACUAAACAGUUGAUGGGAAUCAUUUGAAAACUUUAAUUUUUAUUGAAAAUUGUUUCUUUCUUUAAUAUCAUUUGGCUUAAUUUCUUAUUGUUAAACAAGCUUGUCUGCAUUGUGUGUUUAUGGGAGAACGGUAGAGUAGUUUAUAAACAUAUAACAAAUUAAUCUAUAAAAGUACAAAUAUAAAGUUUUAUCUUAAGCAUACCUCUUCGAAACAAGCUUUUUGGUGAUGUUUUCUGUCACACUGGAUUAAAUUUAAAGAGAAUAAAAUAGAUGUUCAGUUUUUAACAUAAUUAUUUCGGCAGUAGAUUUCCACUGCCAUAUCUAUGAACUACAUCGGCAGAAUAUUUAGUUUUUUUUUAUUAAAUUUAACCAUUAAAUUUGUACAAUUGGCUGUACAAUAUACAUUUUUCUGAAGCUUUGAUGUAUACAUUUUUAUGCAGCUGACUGUACUUGUGUAUUAUUGUUAUAGUACAUAAAUGGUUUAUCAUAAUUUUAUUAUACAUUCAUAUUUUAUUCAAUAUGGGUAUUGAAAUUGUACGUUUAUAGAAAUAUAUUUUAAUUCGUACUAGUAAGUAUACUACAUAGCAAUUCAGUUGGCACGUCAUGCAGAAGAGUACUCUUAUUCCCGACGUGCCAAUCAAUUGCCGGGUUUUAUACGCAAUUUGCUCAGUUAUUAUUUAAGAAUGAAUUAUGAUUAUGGAAUAUUUAAAUAAGAUGUUGAAUAAUUUGCCAUCGAAAAAUAAAGUUUUUU